AUGUCGACCUCCAACGUCUUGGACAUGCCGGCCAUGGAGCCGCCGCCUGGUGUUGUCCCGAAUUUCGAUAACCCAUCCAACCAAAAUACCAUGGCGCUGGCCAUCAUGUCCUUGUGUCUUACCGUCACAACUGUUACUGUUUCGCUCCGUUUCUACUCGAGAUGGGCCGUGUUGGGCAUGCUUCAAUUGCAGGAUUAUCUGCUGCUGGUAACGUUCGGGAUCUAUGUCGCUAUCCUGGGCAUCUAUUACGGCCUCACGCACAGUCCUGGGUGGUUCGUCCACAUGUGGGACCUGAGGGCCCGGGACUUCGUAGAGUUCAUGCGUAUUAUUGUUAUCACGACAUAUAUGUUGUUAUUCGCGUUGAUGCCUAUAAAGACGGCCAUUUUGGUCGAAUGGAUAUCCAUCUUCCUUCCCGAUACCGGCAACCGGCGGCGGAACGCCUUCUUCUGGAUAUGCCACUUUAUCAUUUGGGCCAACAUCAUCUACUGCGUUGUCACAAUCAUAGUAUACAGUCUUUCGUGCGUGCCCUUCGAAUACCUAUGGAACCGUACUAUCGAAAAUGGCUAUUGUCGCAUGAACACCGCCUACACCAGUUUAUGGUCCGCAUGUUUCCUGUUCUUGACCGAUAUAAUCAUCCUGAUCAUCCCACAACGCGUCAUCUGGAAGCUCAAUAUGUCCCGGAGCCGCAAACUUGGUGUCUCGGUUGUGUUUACUUUUGGCAUGGCCGCUUGUGCUGCCUCUGUCGUGCGCCUCUACUAUGGAAUCACGCGCAUCGUAAACGCCGACGCUACCUACCACCUCUCAUCUCUGCUCCUGACGGGCGUCUGCGAGUCCACCUGUACCAUACUGGUCUUAUGUAUACCUGCCGUGCCCAAGGCCCUCCACGGGCUCAAAUCUUCUGCCAUCCUAUCGUCAAUCCCCUCGUGGUGCAGUCUGGUUUCGUUCAUUCAUCGUGGCCCCUCGCACAAAUCUGUUAAGAAGGCUCAUGUCGGUACCGCUACUACCAACUGGCCCCACGAGGUCAGGGGAGGAAAUCACAAGCACUGGCAAAUUGGUUCCAGCUCAGAGCGCCACCUCGUACCUCUAGGGCAACUGCCUGGGAACAAGCGAUUUGAUCCAGAGCUUGGAAUUACAAUACUUCGCAGAACAGAGUUCGAAGCCAAUGCCUCCUAUGAGCAUGAACAACCUGGAUUCGCGGAGCAGCAUAGUCGCCAGCACCCAUGGAUAUGA